CAACUUACUGCGCUCUCUCUAUCUUAGUUGAUUCACCUACUGACGUUGAGCCCCAGUCAUUCUCAGUGGUAGUGUGACUAGAGGAAGAUCAUUUCCAAAAAAAAAAGAAGAAAAAAACAAGAUCCUGAAAUGUACUAAAGAGGACUUUCUCCGAGUCGUUUCGCAACUCGCUUUAAAUCUGGAGCAGCAGAAUCUGGGGUGGAGGACCCCUACCUGACAUGUGACUGGGUGGGGGGGGGUGGGGGGGUCUGAGGUGGCGGCAGACAGAGAGAGACGGAGGAAGAAGAAGAAUCCAGGAUUUACAGUCAACACAGAUAGUGGUAAACUAUCUGAAUUCCAGCAGAAAAGUUGUCUCAAGAGGUCACUAGUUUAAUGGCUGGAAGGUAGAGGUCAAAGAGGGACAAAAUGACCUCCAUUCCGUCGAUGGACAGGCACAUACAGCAGACCAAUGACCGUCUGUUAUGUAUCAAACAGCACUUACAGAACCCCGCCAAUUUCCAAACGGCAGCAACAGAGCUGCUGGACUGGUGCGGUGACCCCCGGGCCUUCCAACGACCCUUUGAGCAAAGCCUGAUGGGAUGUCUAACGGUGGUGAGCCGGGUGGCAGCUCAGCAAGGUUAUGACCUGGACCUGGGGUACAGGGUCCUAGCAGUGUGUGCUGCCAACAGAGACAAGUUCACUCCCAAAUCAGCAGCCUUGUUAUCGUCUUGGUGUGAGGAGCUGGGUCGUCUCCUCCUCCUCCGUCAUCAGAAGAACAGACAGAACGAACCACCCCAGGGGGGGGUUCCUAUGCAGCUCACCAUGCACUCCAUGAAGCCCACCCUGUCACACAGUGAUGGGUCUUUUCCCUACGACUCAGUACCAUGGCAACAGAACACCAACCAGCCGCCGGGUUCUCUCUCCGUGGUAACAACCGUCUGGGGUGUCGCCAACACCUCGCAGAGUCAGGUGUUGGCAAACCACAUGGCUAACAGCGGUAACCCCAUGAACCCUGGUGGUAACCCCAUGGGUCAGGGGGGUAUGUCUGGGAACAACCAGGGGAUGAACUCACCCCAGUACCCAGGCCAGCAGCAGCAGUUCCCCAACAAGGGCCAGCAGAACCAGGCUUACAUGCAGCAGGGCCUGUAUGGACGCCAGGGCUACCCCGGGGGAGGAGGAGGCUUCGGGGGGAAUUACCCUGGAGGUCCUAACUCUGGUCCUGGUGGCAUGGGCAUGCCCCCUCACUCUCGUCCCCCUGGUGACUUCACCCAACCUGCUGCUGCCGCUGCCGCCGCCGCCGUCGCCGCGGCUGCUGCCACGGCUACCGCCACUGCCACGGCAACUGUUGCCGCCAUGCAGCAGGACACUCAAAACAAGGACAUGAACCAAUAUGGACCGAUGACUUCGUCGUUCCAGAUGGGGCCCAGCCAGGCUUACCAAAACCAGUUCAUGAACCAGGGGCCAGGGGGGCCCAGGGGCCCUUCAUCCCUCCCAGGGAACAUGGGCCCCGGUCCGGGCAUGAACCCCUCCAACAUGGUCUCCUCCCACAUGGGAAUGAACCAGCCCCGGCCCCAGGGGAUGGUGCCCUUUGGAGGACACGGGGGCCAGAGAAUACCCCAGCAGGGAUACCCAGGAUCCAGGCCUCAGGGUAUGGGCAUGCAGGGUGUGAAGAGACCCUACCCUGGAGAGCCUAACUACGGAGGGCAGCAGUAUGGUCCAGGACCGAACAGUCAAGGGUUCCCUCAGCAGCAGAGCCAGUACCCCACCCACACCCCCAACCCCUCCAGGCCACUCCCGUCCCCCAACUACCCAGGCCAGAGAAUGCCUGGUGGGCAGCAGAUCCAGGGCCAGUACCCCCCUCCUGGAGGGGCCAUGGGACAGUACUACAAGCAGGAGCCUUUCAACGGCCAAAGUAACAACUUCUCUGGGAGUGGAUAUCAGUACAGCCAAGGCAAUAUGAAUGGGCCUCCUCGACCGGUGGGUAACUACCCCCACUCCCCUGUGCCUGGCAACCCGACUCCGCCCAUGACCCCAGGAAGUAGUAUCCCUCCCUACAUGUCUCCCAAUCACGACGUCAAGCCCCCCUUCCCUCCAGACAUCAAACCAAAUAUCACUGCUCUUCCUCCUCCUCCAGCCAACCCCAACGAGGAGCUGCGUCUGACCUUCCCGGUGAGGGACGGGGUGGUCCUAGAGCCCUUCAGACUGGAGCACAACCUGGCUGUCAGUAACCAUGUCUUCCACCUCCGCCCCUCCGUACACCAGACCCUCGUGUGGAGGUCAGAUCUGGAGCUGCAGUUUAAAUGUUACCACCACGAGGACCGACAAAUGAACACCAACUGGCCUGCCUCGGUCCAGGUCAGUGUUAAUGCCACGCCGCUCACCAUCGAGCGCGGCGACAACAAGACGUCCCACAAGCCCCUGCACCUGAAACAAGUCUGCCAACCAGGAAGGAACACCAUCCAGAUCACAGUUACCGCCUGCUGCUGUUCUCACCUGUUUGUACUGCAACUGGUCCACAGACCCUCUGUCCGCUCCGUCCUGCAAGGCUUACUGAAGAAGAGGCUACUGCCUGCAGAGCACUGCAUCACCAAAGUUAAGAGAAACUUCAGCAGCGUAGCGGCGUCCUCUGGGAACACCACUCUGAAUGGCGAGGAUGGUGUUGAACAGACGGCCAUCAAGGUCUCCCUCAAAUGUCCAAUCACCUUCCGGCGGAUCCAACUUCCAGCCAGAGGUCAUGACUGUAAACAUGUCCAGUGCUUUGAUUUGGAAUCCUACUUACAGUUGAACUGUGAGCGAGGAACGUGGCGAUGUCCAGUAUGCAAUAAAACAGCGUUAUUAGAGGGACUAGAAGUCGACCAGUACAUGUGGGGGAUCCUGAAUGCCAUCCAAAACUCGGAGUUUGAGGAGGUGACCAUAGACCCUUCGUGUAGUUGGAGACCUGUGGCCAUCAAGUCUGAUAUCCAUAUCAAGGAGGAUCCAGAUGGACCCAUGGCAAAGAGGUUCAAGACCAUGAGCCCCGCCCAGAUGACCCUGCCCAACGUGAUGGAGAUGAUUGCCCUGCUCGGCCCAGGGCCCUCGCCCUACCCGCCCCAACAGGGGGGCAACAACAGCGAAUACGGAAGCCAUGGUAACAGUUACCAGGGCCACAGCGGGGGCUUUGACUUCCCCCAUGGGAACCACGGUGGUACGACCAUGAACGACUUCAUGCACGGCCCCGCUCUGUCCCACCCGCCAGACAUGGCACAGGACAAACCCCUCACACACAGCAUGCCUGACUCUAUACCUCAUCCUGCCAACACUGACCAGUCCCACAACUUGUUACAGCAGAGCUUACACGCCCCAUCUCACCCCGGCAGCCAAUCGGGACAGCCAUUGCAUCACAGUGGGCCUCCUCAGCCGUCACGACAACAGGCUCCGAACCCACAGCAACAACAGCCCGGCCCUAACAAUCAUCCUCAGCAGCACGGCGACCCCUUAGAGGGACUGGGUGGAGGGCUCCCAGAUAUGCCCGAACCUUCCUUGGAUCUCCUUCCAGAGCUGGCUAACCCAGAUGACUUGUUGUCUUACCUGGAUCCUCCAGACCUCCCGAGCAGUAGCAAUGAUGACCUUCUCUCGCUCUUCGAAAACAACUGACUCUGAUUCUAGAUCAGUUCAUAAAAACAAACACGUAUAGGACUGCCUGGAGUUGGACCUAUAACCUCUGACCUGAGACCUGCUCCAGUACUUGACAAACACAAAGAUGCACUCCCUUUCUCCUCUUCCUCUUGUACAGUUUGCAUUGAUUCUCCAGCAGACUGAUUGACUGACAGACUGACUGACUGGCUGACAGACUGACUGAACAAUGUUUUAAAACUCAAAAAGACAUAGCAGGACAGGGUAGGGCAGUGAGUGAUGUCUGCCUCCCUGCUUGUCUGCCUCCCGCUGCAGCACCCCCCAUGUGACCAUCGAUGAUACCAGCUAUCUGAUUUUCAGUUCAUUUUGUAUGCCACCAGUGUCUGUGUGCACAUUUAGGAAAGUGUUGAUGCGUUUUUUUUAAUUCAUAUUUUGUUUCCUUUUAAAGAAAAAAAAGAAGGAAUUCAUUAAAUAUAUAAGGGAGAAAGAAAAACAUUGAAAAACAAAAUGUCCUGCACUAUCUGGCCAGUGUGUGUAAUAUCCACGUUAUUAUUUCACCUUAUAAGGUCGUCUCAGCUUCCUGUUGUCCCAAACGUUGUCACAGUUACUGUUCCCGGGACUGGUUACUACAGUAUCACUGUUUGUCUGUCUGUCUGUCUGCCACUGCACAUCAUGUGAAAGCACAAGAUAUAACAACACACACAUCUCAAAGGGAACAAAACACAUUUUAAAGUGAGAUAGCUUUUUCUAACACUAUUACCAAAACGUUUCUGAGAAAUUUGAGAUUUUUUGGAAUGUUCAACAGCUCCCACUUAGUUUCAACAACAACAAAACAAAAAAACAUUUUGUUAAAUGUUUUUUUAACAUUUAGGGGAAGAAAUCUUCAAUCCUUUUUUUGAAAAGAAAAGAGCGAUGGAGGAAACCAAGUGGAGGGAGAAGGCGGAGCCGCGGGGGGGUUGGAAACUGGCAAUCAUCCUCUUCUAAGAGAGAGAGUCUACCCUACAACAUAGACAUUUAGAAUCUCUGAUUGUUACUAUAUCUAGUUUCUAUAUUAUCCUGGACAGAGUAGAGUCACCAAUUGAUUGAUUAAUUGAUAGAGUCAUCAAUGGUAAAGGAAAGUAGACGUGGGAGAAUGAUGUGUGUUACCAGGGUUUGGUUCAGUUUGAAUUGAAGGCAGUCAAUUCAGGAAGUUAACUAAAAUUUGAAUUAAAUAAUUAAAACAGGGCAUCUAUUUUCAAUGACUUCUCAAUAAGCUGAAAAAGGAGAAGCUAUUUAACUAUGUGAACAUAUCACUUCCUGAAUUGAUUGACUUCAAUUUGAAUUGUCCCCAACCCUGUGGGUUACUAUUUGAGUAUCCUGUCAGGCCGAUAUCAAGCUAGUUAGAUCUCCUAUCUUAACUGUCUUUCUUCUCUGCGUGCACCGCCUGGUGUUGCUCCUCUUAUCAUUCUAUCUUCUCUGCGUGCACCGCCUGGUGUUGCUCCUCUUAUCGUUCUCUCUUCUCUUCUCUGCAUGCACCGCCUGGUGUUGCUCCUCUUAUCAUUCUCUCUUACCUUCAUGCAUCGCCUGGUGUUGCUCCUCUUAUCAUUCUCUCUUAUCUUCUCUGCAUGCACCACCUGGUGUUGCUCCUCUUAUCAUUCUCUCUUAUCUUCUCUGCAUGCACCACCUGGUAUUUCUCCUCUUCCCAUUUUACAGAGCUGCGUCUCUAGCUCUCCCUGUUGAAUUCUGUUAUUAGUAAACAAAGUGCUAGGUGCCAGGCCCUUGUCUGGGGGUGUUCUCCAAGUAGUAAAGAUAGUGUGUGACUGAAAUAGCACACUGUUCCCUGUAUAGUGCACUACUUUUGAGGGUACUAAGGUACCAUUGCUGACAAAUGUAUGGUGUGCUUUUUAAAGUUGCUGUUACCACCGCUUUCUGUCUUUCUGUGUGUCUUUUAUUUAACAGUACUAUUCGAAGGGAUAGUGCUGUUAUCCCAGUACACUGAUAUUAUGGGUUGAAAUUGGCUUUCGUUUUGUUUCUAGUAGCUUUUUUGUUGCUGGAAAUUGUGACUUCAUCAAACAUUGUGAAAAUGUUUAUCAUAACCAAAGAGGGAUUGGGAUGCAAGAGUGUGUGUGUGCGUGUGCGUGCGUGUGUGCGCGUGUGUGUGGGCGCGUGUGUGUGUGCGCGCGUGUGUGUGUGUGCGCGUGUGUGGGCGUGAGCGUGCGUGUGUGCGUGUGUGUGUGCUGGUAGUUAAUCUUCAUUUCAAAGAUAUGGAGGAAAACUAGCAGGGAUCAUCCGUCAGUCACCACUGUUGAAGUUGUCAGUCUGGGUUUUAACGAACGCAGUACUGGAGCUGAAAGUAUGCCACAUUUGUUUUCAAGUUCACUUUAUGACAAGAGUGCUGUUGAGUAUGCAAAUGUAUUAUUUUUGAAGAAAAUAUUGUAAAUAUAAUUUGUGAAUAUUUUUGUAUCAUCUUGAUAAUUCUUUGUCCUUUUACAUAAUUAGUCAAAGUCCAACUGAUCUCAUCCUCCCAAAACAAACCCAACACUGACUGUGGUUGAGUCUCAAAUUACACCCUGUUCCCUAUAGUGUUGCCAUGAUGCCAGUAUCGCGAUUCUACGAUACCAGAUUUUCCUUGGUAAAAAAAGUAAACACGAAGCAGACUCCACUGUGGUUCUUUAAAACCUACUUUUGUAAAAUAUUGUGUUACAGCUUGGAAAAUAAACACAUGUGACUGGG